AUGGUCACAGGACUGGGGACUGCUGACACCUUCGAGAAGAGGUGGCAGCAAUUUGAAGAUGGUCACUUCAGAGAAUUUCUAAGUGAUUUAGCCAAGAAUAAUUAUGGAAAAAAUAGAGAAGUUGUUAAACUAUCAAAACCGUCUGCAGGGUCACCUCGCAUGAUGAUUAAUAUGAUUUUUGGUGGUGACGAAGUAAAUGGGGUGACAUUUUUGAAAGCAAAGAAGUCGAAGAUAUCAAUAACUCAUGGACAGAGAGUUCGUGAAGUUUUAGAAGAUGCAAUCACCGUUACAGAGGAAGAUGUUGAUGGACUUAUUCUACUGCACGACAAUGCUCUGGCAAAAUCUCUUAAUGUUUUAGAUUUUAAAACUAAACGUAUGUUGGUUGAUCCAGGUAGUUCAACCAACAUCAUAAAAUGGAGAGUUUCAGCGCAAACAAAGUUAACCAGAAACAUAGUUCCGGCAACAAAGCUUCUGGCCGGGUUCAACCUAACGAGUGUAACAACUCGGGGAGAGAUCCUUUUGCCAACGCAUGCCGAAGGCGUAACAAAGACCACUUUGUUUGAAGUGGUAGAUGGCUACAUAGGAUACAACACAAUCCUUGGAAGCCUUGUAUAUAUGAAAUGA